AUGGCCAAGUGGUGGAAAAUGCUGGAGCCCCAGAGAGGGCGUUUAACCCCUGCCUUUGAGUUAUCCUUAUGAGGACGAUGGGAGUCUUUAUCCGUCUAUCCCUUGGGAUUGUAGACUCAUCUUUGUGCAUUUUCGUUUUAUCUGCGCUUACCUUCAAGGGAGAGUAAAGGCUAUGAAGAUGACAGGCACCCCUCCACCACAUUCUUCCUUUCUUUCCUAUUUUUUUCUAUUGUUUUGUUUUGUUUGUUUUGAGACAAGGUCUUGUAGCUCUGGCUGAUUUGGAACUUACUGUGCAGACCUACGUGGCUGGCCUUAAUUACCCAGACAUCCCCCUGCGUCCGUGCCCCACCACACCUGCCUUGGACUUCGAUUCUUCAAGCUUGCUUUCAGUCCCCCUUCUCUGAUCAGGACAGAUUUUCUAGUCCUGGCAGCAUACGAGCCACAGCUGUCAAAGGAACUCCUCGUGCCUGUAGACACCCUGGGUGACCCCAGGGACAACGGAUCAGCUUGACAAGAACCAUCUGUGAGGGGCUAAUCAACCAUGGUUACAUGGAGUUUCCUGUCCUAGGUAGCAGAGGCAGCAGGCCGUGCCGGGGGGGCAUGUUCCUGUAACCUGUGGCCCAGGGGAUGUUACGGUGGACAGUGCAUCUGGAGGGCGGGCCACGCAGGGUGAACCAUGCUGCAGUGGCUGUCGGGCAUCGAGUGUACUCCUUCGGGGGUUACUGCUCUGGUGAAGACUACGAAACACUACGGCAGAUCGAUGUGCACAUUUUCAAUGCUGUGUCCUUGCGUUGGACAAAGCUGCCCCCAGUGAGGCCUGCUGUCCGAGGGCAGGCUCCUGUCGUACCUUACAUGCGGUAUGGACACUCCACCGUCCUCAUUGACGACACAGUCUUCCUUUGGGGUGGGCGCAAUGACACCGAAGGGGCCUGCAACGUACUCUAUGCCUUUGAUGUCAAUACUCACAAGUGGUCUACACCCCGAGUGUCAGGAACGGUUCCUGGUGCCCGGGAUGGACAUUCAGCUUGUGUCCUGGGCAAGAUCAUGUACAUUUUUGGGGGAUAUGAACAGCUGGCUGACUGCUUUUCCAAUGACAUCCACAAGCUGGAUACCAGCACCAUGACAUGGACCCUUGUUUGUACAAAGGGCAAUCCUGCACGUUGGAGGGACUUCCACUCAGCCACAAUGCUGGGCAGCCACAUGUAUGUCUUCGGGGGCCGUGCUGACCGCUUUGGGCCAUUUCAUUCCAACAAUGAGAUCUACUGUAAUCGGAUUCGAGUCUUUGACACCAGAACCGAGGCCUGGCUCGACUGUCCACACACGCCAGUGCUGCCCGAGGGGCGCAGGAGCCAUUCGGCCUUUGGCUACAAUGGAGAGCUGUACAUCUUUGGUGGCUAUAAUGCACGGCUGAAUCGGCAUUUUCAUGACCUCUGGAAGUUUAAUCCUGGGUCCUUUACCUGGAAGAAGAUUGAACCAAAGGGGAAAGGACCGUGUCCCCGCCGACGCCAGUGUUGCUGUAUUGUUGGUGAUAAGAUUGUCCUCUUUGGGGGUACCAGCCCGUCUCCCGAGGAAGGCCUGGGGGAUGAAUUCGACCUCAUAGACCAUUCUGACUUACACAUCUUGGACUUUAGUCCUAGUCUGAAGACUCUGUGCAAACUGGCCGUGAUUCAGUAUAACCUGGACCAGUCCUGUCUGCCCCAUGACAUCAGGAAGAAGCUCCUGCCGCCUCCCCUCCUGAGCCUGCUCCUGUCGUCACUGCCCCUGCCCGUCUCACCCGCCUGCCCCUUUGGACCCUGGACUCAGUAUACCUCCACGUGGAGUUGAUGGACUAGGGGUGUCUUCUGCGCUGUGAAUUCAGUGGGGAGCUGUUGGGGGAGGGCUUUCCCCGCCCCCCUGGGCCGAGGGCCCCUUCCCUUGGUGCUCUGUCCCCAUCCACCUCCCUCCACGGCUCCUGGGCCUUUGCUCUGCCCCGGGCCGGCUGGGCAGCCAGGCUGUGCCGGGAAGGGACAGGAGUGGGGAGAAGAAGCCAGCAGUGUCGGAGCCUCGGGAGCUCCCCUCUCCCCGUGACCACCCUCUCCCUGCUUGAGCAUCGCCCGGGAGCUGAGGAGCCUCGGCUGUCGGCAUGACACCCCCUCCCCAACGCGCGGUGGUGGGGACCAACAGACAGCUUCGCCCUUCCUUGAGCUGCUGCUGUACCCCGGAGCUCAGCCAGCUCUGACUUUAUAAAACGUAAAACCUCCA